CCGGUCACAUGACUCCGAGCCUUUUCCGGCAGCAGAAGCUGCUGCCGCAUGUGUAGUUGUGGGGAGCCCCGCCGGGGUUGGCGGCGCUGUACCCCCAGCCCCAUGCUCCUCUUGAGUCUGCUUCUGUCUACAGCCCCGUUUGGCUUCCUGGGGGAGGAGACCCGCCAGGUAUCUCUGGAGGUACCGGGCUGGCCAGACAGUCCCCAGAACCUGCUUCAUAUCCAGGCAGUGGGCACCAACUCCACCCUGCACUAUGUGUGGAGCACACUGGGGCCUCCAGCAGUGGUGCUGGUGGCCACCAACACCUCCCACAGUGUGCUGCACAUCAACUGGACCCGCCUGCUGUCCCCUGAGCCAGAGGGGGGCCUGACGGUGCUCCCCAUGGAGAGCGUCCAGUUUUCUUCUGCCCUCAUCUUCACCAGGCUGCUUGAGUUUGACGGUGUAUCAGAAGCUACAGCAAAGCCCCCCGGAAAACCAUAUCCUUCGUACUCCUUGGCCGAGUUCUCAUGGAACAACAUCACCAACUCAUUGCAUCCUGAUACCCUGAGCGCCACCUUUCAGGGCCACCCUAAAGAUGAUCCGACGGGGGCUUUUGCCAAUGGCAGCCUGGCCUUCAGGGUCCAGGCCUUUGCUAGAUCCGGCCGACCUGCUCGGCCCCCUCGCCUCCUGCACACAGCAGACACCUGCCAGCUAGAAGUGACCCUGGUUGGGGCCUCUCCCCGAGGAAACCGCUCCUUGUUUGGAAUAGAAGUGGCUACCUUGGGGCGGGGCCCUGACUGCGGCAGGAUUCAGGAGCAGCAUUCCAUCGACGAUGAAUAUGCACCUGCAGUUUUCCAGCUGGACCAGUUGCUGCUGGGCUCCGUCCCAUCUGGCUUUGUGCAGUGGCGACCCGUGGCUUUCUCCCAGGAGCAGGCGGGCCGCGCGUCAGCUCUGUCCUGCCAGGCUUCCCCUCUUCACCCCACCUUGGCACACUCUCUUCCCCAGUCACCUGUUGUCCAAGCCUUUUUUGGGCUCCAGCAAAACUACUGUACCUUCAGCCUGACAUUUGGGGCUUCCACAGGCCCUGGCUACUGGGACCAACGCUACCUUAGCUGGUCAAUGCUUCUGGGUGUGGGCCCCCCUCCAGUGGAUGCCUUGUCCCCACUCAUCCUGGGAAUCAUGGCGGUGGCCCUGGGCACGCCAGGACUCGUGUUACUAGGGGGAGGCCUGGUCCUGCUCCUGCGCCGCAAGCAUUCCUCAGAGUACCAGUCCAUAAACUGAGGCCCACUCUAGAGGGAAGGGCAGGACUGGACCUGCCAUGCGGUGCCUUGAAUGUUGGACCUUGGAAGGUCAAUGUUCCUGUUGGCUGGUUCCUCCCAGUCCUUUUUCCUCACCCAUCUUGCUUUUUCUAAGAAACUCAGGGUCCACCCUCAACUUCUUGAGGACCCCUAGGUGGAGCUUCUUGUACACAUUGGGGAGGGGUCUGAGUUCUUGCUAAAAGAAGGUCCCUUUUGUGUUGCCUCCAUGUGCUGUCAUUUGCUCCAUACCCUUUUCCAAGCUGUGCCCUUUUCCAAGCUCCAUACCCUUUUCAAAGCUGCGCCUCCCAGCACUGGGGAGGCUGAGGCAGGAGGAUCACUGUGAGUGAGUUCGAGGCCAGCCUGAACUACAUAGUGAGACCCUGUCUCAAAAAAACCUAACCAAACAAACAAACAAACCCCUUUCCAUUGGAUGACAUUCAAAGGCCUGAAAGAGUGCCCAGCUGGCUGCUGCUUCUGCCAGCACGAAAUAGAAUUAUUUUUUUCACAAGG